CAUACCGUCACGGUCAUUCGACACGAGCCAGGAAUAUUUAGUAAACAACAGCUGUUCCACUUUGUGUACUGCACCUCGUUUCACUACGACGCAGUGUUUUUAAAAAUGCUUUGCGCCUGUGAAGCAAGGCAUACGUCACCACAAACUAGACUGUUUUGUUUGCAAAUUUUCGUAAUAAAGCAUUGAUUAACCGAUGAAGUUGCCCGCAAUCGCCGAUAUGUCGCGAAAAGACGUUAUCAACAUACGUUUCAAUCAAGACCAAGGUUGUUUUGCAUCAUGUAUGGAAACUGGUUUGAGGAUUUACAAUGUAGAACCUUUAGUGGAGAAAGCACAUUAUGAUGUUGAAUUGAUGGGCAGUGUUGCACAGUGUGAGAUGCUAUAUCGGACUAAUAUACUUGCAAUUGUUUCUGGAGGCUCCAGAACUAAAUUUGCAGAUAACACACUUUUGUUAUAUGAUGAUUGUGCAAAAAAGUUUGUUCUGGAAUUGACUUUUAAUUCGUCCAUUCGUGCGGUACGAUUAAAACGUGAUAAAUUAGUUGUUGCUCUCCUAACACAAAUCCAUGUGUUUUCGUUUCCAACACCAACUCAACGUUUGUUUUCAAUCGAAACGAGAACAAACCCGAAGGGAUUAUGCGAAAUGAGUCCUUUGGUGUCGGCUGAAAGACAAAUAGUUGUCUUCCCAGGUCACAAUUUAGGCAGCGUUCAAAUUGUAGACCUGGCAAGCACAGAAAAUGGCGUAUCAAGUGCGCCAAUUUGGAUACCAGCACAUAAAAAUGAACUUGCUUGCAUUGCCUUGAAUCAGCAGGGCACCCGCAUUGCAACGGCGAGUAUUCAAGGCACAUUGAUUCGAGUGUGGGAUUCGAUUUCCAGGACUAAAUUAGUUGAAUUGCGGCGUGGUUCUGAUCCAGCCAAUGUCCAAUGCAUAAACUUUAGCAAUGACUCGGAUUACCUCUGUUGCUCUAGCGAUAAAGGCACCGUUCACAUCUUUGCGAUCAAGAAUACGAAUCUCAAUAGGAAGAUGUCGUACGUAUUGUCAAAAAUCACUAAUUUUGGUUUGCUGGGAAAUUACGGUGAUUCACAAUGGGCGUUAGCGAAUUUUACAGUGCCGCCGGAAUGUGCAUGUGUUUGCGCAUUUGGCCCGAAUAACUCGGUUAUUGCAAUUUGUCUCGAUGGCACGUUUCAUAAGUAUGUUUUUAAUAAUGAUGGCAAUUGUAACAGGGAGGCAUUUGAUCAGUACCUGGACAUCUGCGAGGAGGAUGACAAUAUUUAUUAAUGGUUUCUAUCAGCAAUAUGCCAUAUUAGACUAAUCAAAGUAAUGUACUGAUUUUUUUACAGAGUCUGUAUAUCAUAUAUUGUAAAAUGUAAAUGAUAGAUAGCAUUUAUGUCGUAUGUUGUAUAUUUAACAUAGUUUCUAAAUAAUUGCGGUUUUUAUUCAUUAGAUGAUUUAUGACAUGGA